CGACAACUCAUCAACCUAAGCUACAGCCCCUGUGACACAAAUCAUUCGCUAUCAUCAUGGCUCGCAACUUCAUCUACACCCUUCUGAUAUUGGUAACGUUGUCCUUCGUUGAAGGUCAGGACACCUCUACCGCACACUUUAACUUCUCGUACGGUACGGAUAAGUUUCUUGCCCUUUACGAAGAACAAGAAGUGGCUUUGAUCAUUACCCUCAGUGAGAAGGACCCAGCCAUAACAACAGGAAUGCUACAACUGAGAAGUGCUGAUCCAAAAAUCUUUGCAGUUCAAGGUAUGACGGAUAUCAACAUAGCUGCAUCUGUUGGAACUGAACCUGUCAACAUCAGUUCAUCCAUCAAGGGCCUUUUCUUCGGCAUCAGUACCCUCGAGAUCUACUACACCGACGUGGGUGUUGCGGAAAAUGAAUUAGUGGGUUCCUAUGUCGUCAAGGUCUCAACAAUUCCCACUAUCCUAACACCUGUGUUUAGCUACCUAACUCUUGUCUGGUUGAUCAUCUCUUACAUCAUGAUGGGCAGUAAGAUGAAAGGGAGUGAUCUAUGGAGUAAGAUCAAGAAGCCAUGGACUAUCCUCUUGGCUAUGGCUUGUCAGUUUGUUCUCAUGCCAGCCCUAGCCUUCGCGUUGUCCAAGGCUUUCAGACUGGACAAUUCUACAUCCUUGGGGUUGAUCAUGGUAGGAACCUGUCCAGGUGGCUGGCUCAGCAAUAUCUUCAGUCUUUUACUCGACUGCGAUUUUAUCCUGAGUCUUACCAUGACGUUCUGUUCUACCAUACUGGCCAUGGGAAUGAUGCCUUUCAACCUCUGGCUCUACGCUCGUCCGCUCACAACCGGAGAAGAGAAUCUAGAAACGCCAUAUUUUAAUCUCUUUCUCCAGAUCAUGUAUCUGAUCAUUCCAGUCGGUGUGAGCAUGCUGAUUGCUCGAUUCUCCAGCAAAUUCAGAAAGUAUUGCGACAAGCUUCUAAAACCAGUCGCAACCAUGUGUAUCCUUAUCGCAGUUAGCAUCGGAGUACCUGCCCAGCUUCAUAUCUACCAGAGCGCAACCGUCGAAGAGUAUGCCGUCUCAGCACUUCUUCCUCUCAUGGGCUGUAUCGCCGGCUUGAUCAUUUCGAAAAUAGUCUGCAUCAAGCGGAAGCAGGCCAUUACGGUUUCGUUGGAGACUGGUGCCCAGAACAGUCUUUUAGCGACUACUAUGUUGGCAUUUUUCUACCCUAGGCCUGAAGCUGAUCUUAUUGCUAAAAUACCGUACAUCAUGGCCCUGCUUAGUCUCUGUGAGGGUAUCGUAGUCACAGUCAUCUACACCCUCGCUCGUUAUAUUUUCUGUAAAGAACGGUUCGCAGAAAAAGAGGACGAAAGUAAUGAGAAUACGACAGAAGAGAGGAAAUCUACCGAGCUUGAAAAUAAUGAGAAAGACAUUCCCUUAGACGUCACUGAUCCUACUUCAAUCGCUGUUGGAUUGGAGACCAACCUAGACGGCAAGGGUCAUACCAAUACCGCAUUUACUCAGUGAUUACCACUUUGUCUAAUCUCACAUUCAAGGAGGAGACCAUUCUUUAUACCAGAGUCACACCCCAAAUGCAACUCUGCAUACCAAAUCUAAACCGACAGAUUAUUGGCCAUCGGAUGUAUUAGAAUUGUUUAUUCGUCUGUAGUUGAUCAGGGGUGUGUUUCACAAAGACUAAGAUCGACUUUAAGUUGUACUUAACUAUGGCACUAUGGCAGGCCGGUUAUGCUGUUGUUU